AAGUUUUAUAAGUGUUAGAUUUAGCUUAAGAUUUUAAGAACUUAAGAUGCCUUUAAAAGAUGAGGCAGAAUCAAGAGGGAAACGUGGAAAUGGACGUAAAUCGAACUGGACAGUGCUUGAAAAGACAGGUAUACCUUUAGGAGUGAGUCCUGGAAAGGGAUCUUUGACAUCUAAGCCUACAUCUUUUCGUUUAUCUAAAACAACAUUUUCAGAAGCAACAUAUGUACCUAUUAGAGGUUUUAAUACAGUGGAAGUUUCAUCUUAUUUAAACAAAGAAUGGAAAUCAGCUUUAGAUCGGGCUAAUGAUACAACAUUUCCAGCUAAAGAUAGGCCAGAGAUAUAUAAAAUGACAAAUAAUGAAUGGAUGACAAAGAAUGGCUCGACUGCAUCUAUUUGGGGCGGUCGAGGCCAUUUGAUGGCAAAGGGGAGUACAUUUUUAGCAGAGCUUAGGAAAAGCAUAGUAUCCAACAAUAUUGUUGAACCUAAAGGUGGUUAAGGGUAGAAUAAUAGUAUGAAUGAGGAAAUGGCAUGAAUCUAAUAU